AUGGAGAAUUUGAAAAAUAAUGAAGAAAUAAAAUUGUUUCAGGAAUAUUUAAGAAUUCCUAGUGUUCAUCCAAAUAUAGAUUAUGAACCAUGCAUCAAGUUUCUUAGCAGACAAGCUGAAUCCUUACAACUGCCCUAUAAAAUCAUUCACUUUGAUGAGAGCUUAAAAACGCCCAUAUUUAUUGCCUCCUGGAUCGGUAGUAAUCCAGAAUUACCAUCGAUUUUAGUAAAUUCUCACAUGGAUGUAGUGCCUGUCUUUGAAGACAAAUGGACACAUCCUCCAUUUGCUGCGGACAUUGAUGCUGAGGGAAGAAUAUUUGCCAGAGGUGCUCAGGAUUGUAAAUGUGUUGGUAUGCAAUAUUUUGCCGCCAUACGUUCUCUAAAGAAAUCAAAUAUUCAAAUCAAACGAACCCUCCACGUUCUCUUUGUGCCAGACGAAGAGACUAGUGGAGAAUAUGGCAUGUACAAAUUCAGUAGAAGUAAAGAUUUUCGCGAUUUAAAUGUUGGAUUCGCUUUGGAUGAAGGCUCAGCAGCAGAUAAUGACGAAUUUGUCGCAUAUUAUGCGGAAAGAAGCAUAUGGCAAAUUAAUUUUAAAUUCAAUGGACCUGCCGGACAUGGUUCAAUUUUGAUGGAUAAUACGUCUGGUGAAAAAUUAGCUAAUUUCCUAAAUAAAAUUAUAUCAUUUCGCUCAGCCGAAACGAAACGUUUGAAAACAAAUUCAGACUUGAAAGGGGGUGAUGUGACAAGUAUAAACUUGACCAUGUUGAAAGGAGGCGUUCUACCCAAUAUUAUACCUAACCAAUUGGAGGCCUGUUUCGAUAUCCGCAUUGCGGUUGAUGUAGAUCUCAAGGAAUUUGAACAACUUUUGCAAAAAUGGUGCGCUGAAGUUGGUGGUGACAUUGAAUGGGAAUGGAUUUUUAGAUGUGAUACGGCUCCACCCACGAAAGUUGACCAAACCAAUCCGUUUUGGGUUGCUAUUCAACAUACUUUUAAUAAAAUGAAUCUAGUAUUGGAAGCUCAUGUUUGUAUGGGCGGUACUGAUAUUCAGUUUUUGCGUGAACUUGGAGUACCCUCAAUUGGCUUCUCUCCCAUGAAUAAUACGCCAAAACUGAUUCACGAUCAUGAUGAGAAUAUUAAAGCUGACAUUUAUUUACGUGGCAUUGAAAUCUAUAGUCAAAUUUUAAAGGAGUUAUUGAAUUUAUAA